UUCCGACUCCAUCAACAAACAACUGGGCGCACGCUCGAACGGCGCAACAGUGGCAAAGAUGGCAAACAGAGCCGAGUCGGAAUGCCUCUUCCUCGACAUGCUCCCCGCGGAAAUGCGAAACAACAUCUACGAACUCGUCUACACCAACAAUACCUCCGAAGACAAUGAAAUCGAUCUCCUGAACGCCGAACCUCCGAGCAAUGCUCUUAUCCUCGCCUGUCGUCAGAUCCACGACGAGGCUACUGGAAUCUACAAGUCAAGCUAUCGCGAGUUCUGGUCUCAGUCGACAUUCAGCCUCCCCUAUCCUCAGUUGAGGAACGAUUGCCAGCGCCGUCUCCAGCGUCAUCGAUCCGAAGACCUUCAUCACAUCACUCAAUUCCAGAUUAGCAUGAAAGCUGCCCCUCUUGGCGGGUCAAAGCGCGCACCUACCAUCCCAGUCUAUUACAAACUGGUCCGCCCGAAUGUCUGGUACGUCUACCACAAGAUCGAAGGAGAGAAGCGCAUCAAAAGGUACUGGUACUACACUGCUGUGAGACCUGGGGACCACUCAUGGAAGAUGUUUUAUUCGGAGAAAAGCCUGUUCGCGUGGCUUGAAGUUGUACCAUCGAGUGGUCGUAGCGAUCUUGUAUCCCACAUCGGGUACUUUAUCUCGGGCUUCAACAAAUCGAUCAUUUCGACUGCAGGCGGAGAUGAUUAGGGGCUGUCGUACGCUCUGCACCGCGCUGAGGCAUCAACGGGUUUG